UCUAACGCCGGUCUUAUUUACGGAUUCCCACAGAGGCAAUACGCUACAAAAAGCUACUACACGUAACUUUUACGACGACUGCAUUUUCGUGGAAACAGGGUAGUUCGUGGGAGAAAGAAAUAAGAUUUUGUGGUCCAACAGAAACAUGCGUGGAAUUUUGACGAAUAUGAUUGAUAUUUGUGGUGAAAGCACAACGUAAAGUUUUUAAGCUGUCUACAAUUUGAUUAGUUGGGCAGUAAUGGGUUCAUUCGACUACAGGUAAAGAGUAGCUUCUGGUAGCUUAAAGCUAUGGGUUGCGGAGCUUCCAAAGUAACGCCACAAACUGAAGAAUUCGAAGAAGAUAAACCACUUCGCGCCAACGGACGAAACCGCAACAAACAUGACUCUUUAUCAAAUGGGCAUGCACACUUGCCUAAUGGCAAGGCAACUGCCGCAGGAUUAGCAAAUACUGAGAAAAAUGGGGAUGUAAAUCACAACUCUCUAGUAAAAAAAGAUACUGAUUAUACAAAUGGUGACGUUUUGAACAAACCCGCUCAAGAACCACAACAUUCUCAGAACGAGGAGAACCCCAGUGACAACACACAGCCUCAAGUUUCCAAAGCAGUGGCGUUUGAUAUUGUGCUUGGAAAAAAUGAUUCUGAUAAAGUUUCGACUGCACUGAUGCCAAACCGACCCCCUCGUCGUUUACAGAAAAUUGAAAGCGCACCAGUUUUGACAAGAGAAGCAUUAGCACAAAGACAAGCUGCAGCAGAAUUAAACAGGCAAAAGGAGUUGCAGAAGAAAGUCAAAGUUAUGUCUAGAAGACGAACAGAACUUCUCAUGGCAAGAGAAAUGGACAAAGCCCAACAACAGAAGGCAGAGUUAGAGGAAAAACUGACAAUGUCAGAGAGAAAUAGAGAAAAACACCAAGCUGAAAUCAAAGCCAAACAGAGAAGAAGAGAAGAAAAGGCAAAAAGAGUACGCAAUAAAGCUAAGCAGAUCCAAGAAGGCGAUGAUGUAGUUGGCCUUGCUGUGGAUCAUGAUGAAACAUAUAAUGCAGAUGAAGAAGAUGAGUCCUGGGAUGUUGACACCUCUCACCAAAACAGCAGAAGUAGUAAUCUUGAUGGCAAAAACAGUUUGCCAGUGUUAGAUAACAGUAAAGAAGAAUCUGAUGAAAUACAGAACAAUGAAAAUACAACAAAGGAACAGGAGAAUCUCAGAGAUGUACAUGACUUCUUUGAUUCCUGACACCAACAACAAGAUGUACAAUUAAUUUUUCAAUCAAAUCAACUUCAGAGCACCUCCACAGAUUCUACUAAAUAAAUGAAUUUGAACAGGUAGAUAGAAAAAAUUCCAAAUCUAAAAAAUUCCUGCAAGUAUAACAGCCUAUGAACUUUGCGCCUCAAUUUCCAGCAUUUUCUUCUGUGUGAUUUUUCCUUCCUCAGGGAAGAAGUGUUGACCCAGUUCUCAAAGAGCAGCUGCUUAGCAAACCUCUUGCCUUUUAAGGACCACAGCUUUUGCAUAUUUUGAAAUUAUAUUUUCAAGAGUAACCUUCAA